AUGGCCUUCCCUACACUACAAGCCAACUACAAGAUACCCAACUCCUUUAUGUUCCAAUUCAUACAACUAAAGAGCAUUGUGCACACCAAGGUGACACUGAAACUCCCGACAACUCCACUACAAGGGACCCACACAUUGACUAUCAUUACAAGAUGCAUGUCGGCACCGACAAAACCCAAGUCACUAUCCCUAUGUUAUAAGACCCUUCUAGGCCAUACACCACCACAUGCUUUUAACUAUGUAAAACAAUGGGGGAAAGAGGAUAUGCCCGAACUCACUGAUAACCAAUGGCUCCAGUCAUUGAAUGCCCUAAAAGGCCUCACAUCCUGCUUCUCUCAUGUAGAGGCACACAAAAAAGUGAUAUACCGGUGGUACCUUACCCCGCAAAGACUACAUCAAAUAUACCCCACAAUGGACUCCAAAUGUUGGAGAUGCGGCUCAAGGGAAGGGACCAUGACCCACAUCUGGUGGGAAUGUAGCGGGAUCAAACCCCUGUGGUCACAGGUACAACAACUAUUGGGAAAAACAUUAGGUUACACGGUUGACCUCACACCAAUGGUGGUGAUCCUAUUGCUCUUUCCACCCACAUGGAAAAAAGGAGCCAAGAAACUGGCCUCCACUAUCAUAUUAGCGGCUAGAAACCUCAUUGCUCUACAUUGGCGGAGCACAUAUUGCCCAACACACAGAGAACUACUGAACAAAAUAUACCAAUUUUAUAGAUAUGAAGUACUUUCCUCAGAUUCCCAUGCAAAAACACGGCUCACGGAACAGCUGUGGGAACCAUGGCUAUCACUAAUACAUCACCAUCCACUAUAA